AUGGAAAACAUAGACUAGCCACAAAUUAAAAAAUUUGAUCAAAUAAUUGACACCUUUGAAGAAGAAUUCAAAGGAUAAAUUGAGAAACUUAAUGAGUCGCUAGAAUUGCUACUAAAACUGAUUAACAAUAUUGGAUAGAGUCCUUUUGAAAUGAAAUUCAGAAAAAUUAAAUCGUCUAACCCCACAAUAAAAGAAAAAAUAUUUAGAUUUUCACUAGCUGGAGAUUUACUGAUUCAUAUUGGGUUUGUAAAAAAAGUAGAAAAUUAAGAGGAGUUUUAUAUUCUUGAAGAUAAAAAUUUAAUAGUCUUACUUCCUUUUAUUCAACAUCUUCGUAAUAGAAUGGAACUGUUUUAAGCUAAAUAAAUAAGUUAAGAAGAGUAUGAAAGGGUGUAUCACAUUUAAAAAAAUAAGGUAAAUAUCGUUAAGAAACAAGAUGAAGAUAAAAAGAAAGGUGAGGAGUUGAAAACGAUUUUUAAGAAUGAUAGAGAUGAUUUUAGAUUUAUUGAAAAAAUAGACGCAAAAGCAUAAUAGCAAGAAAAACAACGUCUAAUAUCUCCAAUUUAAUAAAUAUCUGGAGAUCAGUAAUUUAUAGAUAGAGUUAUUUAGAAUAACAAACCUGUUAUUGUUCAUUUUUAUGCUGACUGGUGUCCUCCCUGUAAUCUAGUUAAUUAAUUUAUAGAGAAUAAAUUAUAGCAAUCAAACGGAUGGGUGUUUGCCAAAGUUAAUUGCGAUGAUCACAAUAAUGCUGGAGUUAAAUAUAAUAAUAGUUUAGAAGGAAUCCCAACCAUCAACUUUUUUUACAAAGGAUAAAUAAUUUAAAAAUGCAGUUUCCAGAAUUUUGAUGAAUCAAAAUUGAUAGAUACAAUUCAGAAAGCUGAGCAAGCAUCUCAACAAAUAGUUUGA